AGGGUCAUGGGCGAUAAAUAAAAAGCGGAUAUAGAGCUUAAUUAAAAGCCGUGUGUGUUUGAUUAGACAGUGUGCAGUCUGAAGAGGAGCUCGCCUGUCUGUGUAUCAUGAGUUUUACAAGUAGACUUCAUGAUGCCUUUGUCCAAAAUAACCUUGGCAUGGUUAUUAUAAUUCUUAUUGAAGAAAAAUCUUCCGUAUCCUUGGCCGAUCGACUGGACGAAGUUGUUAUUAAGGAGCUGCAUAACAUCGAACAUAAGAAUGUUGCCUUAAUAUUACGGGCAAUUGAACAUCUCAUUAGUAAAGAUGAAGACUGCAUCCAGAAACUUGUUCAUCAUGGCUUGGUUGUGAAGAUGUUGAAUUGGUUUGAGAUUUCGUCAGAGCAUCUUAAAGGACAGCACAAACCACCUAGGGACGGCAUGACUCUCAUUGAAGUUUUCUACGAGGUUGCCAUGGGACUGUGUCAGAUCACAAUUCCAGGCAGCAAUAAGAUCUUGGAUAUAUUUUUGUUGCGGUUUGGGGCUGUUGUUUUGGAUUAUGAAGUGCCUUUCAGUCUGCGUCUAGAGGCCAUCAGAACCAUAAACUCUAUGUUGGACAGCAGUCCCAAAGAUAUAAGGAAGAAACUCUGCCAGUCAGAUGACCACUUCGGGCUCUUGCAAGACUUGGCAAAAGCAUUGACAGAUAUUGGUGAUUAUGAAAUGCAGGUGGCCAUUUCUGAAGCUCUCUGCAGGAUGACACCAAGGAAACUAAGAGAAGACUUUGCUGGCAAAUGGUUCCGUUUCAGAAGUUUUGCUUCAGCUUUUACUUCAAUUCGUGACAAAGAUUUUGAAACUGCAUUUCUUGAUUCAGCUGAGUUGUUCAAGCCUGAAGAUGAGUUUCUAAAGGAGUUUUGGGUGGAUUUCAACAUUGGAACAUCAACCAUUAGUUUCUUUGUAAAUGAUCCAAAGAACACACUGUGGGAGUUGAUUCACCUGCCUAAAGAUGUUGUCAGCGUGUAUGAUUUUCAAGAGUGUGGUGAUCAGAAGAUAUUGGAAGUUCACAUGAAUACCCCACUCUCUCAUGGAGAAAUGACUGGCAAAAUUGUCAAAAUCCUCUUUAGUGCAGAGCACAACAUCCAAACAGCCCUGACAAGAGUGUUUCCAGAUAAACCACAGUCGUCUUCAGCCUCAAAGGAAGCUCUACAAUCAGGGGAUUGCUUGACUACGAUGGAAGGAACCCAGCAUGAACAAACAUCAGUGCCACAGACAUUUGCCAGUCCAUCUGCUGCAGAAACCAAAGACAUCCAUCAGCAUUCCCCUUUGAGUGGACCAAGCAGAUAUUCAAGAUCAAAGUCAUCAAGAAUCAAAGGAACCUCAGGCCAAGACCUCUUUAAAUUUAAGGAUCAUUCAGAUUCUGAGGUGAUCCUUGAGGUGUCUCAAUGUCAGAGUGACACUUUUGAGACAGACCUAUCAGGGAAGUCACAUGACAGGAAUCCAAAGACUAUAACAUUCAUGACCGCUUUGUGGAGGUACCAGGUUGCACAUGCAAAGACACUGUUGUUCUGUCAAACGUCAUCAUCUAACGGGUCUACAAAAUCCCUCCCUGACACUCUGGGUAGAACUCCUGUUAAGAAGAAAAUGAAGGUGAUGUAUUCGGAUGAAUGGUGUGUCCACAAGGACACUCCACAUGCUGUCUACAGCAGAAGAAAGCCCAGAGCCAAGGGAAAGCUCAGAGUUCUUCCUCUUUCAUCACCCAGCAGUAAUGAGGAGGAGUUCUCUAAGUAUUCAACACCCAAACAAAGACUUCAAGGAAGGGAAAGAGUGACAAGUGAAGACUGGCAGUCUCAAGUCAAACUAGGGAGAUCACUGAACAUGGAAUCAUCCUUAUUCAAAGAGUCCACUGCUGAUUCAGGUUUUCAAAACAAGACUCUUUCUGAAACCAGUCUACCAGUAGAGGAACUUGAUAAUAUCAUUGAAGAGCACAAUUUGGAUAAAGAAACGUCAAUUCUGCAGAAAAGUGAAGCAGCUGAAUCAUCAGAGCUAUAUGUGGGUCUGAAAGAGGACACACAGCUGCACAGACACCCAACAUUCCAACCCAGAAGACUAUUCAUGUCUAGCCCACUAGAGGAUGCUGCAGAGCGAGUAACUGAAGCAUUUGCAGAUGAGGAGUCUGAGGAAGAGUUGGGUGCUGGUGUCAGCGCUGCAUUUAACUCCUUUAAGACUCAGUUGAGAGCACACUUUACUAGCAGGUACAAAAAGAUUGAGGCCAGGUCCCUGCAAUCUUUAACAGACUGUCAGAGAAAUGUGACUUCUCUGUUGGAAACUAUACACAAUCAAAGGUUGGUGCAUCUGGAGCAGUUCCAGAACACAGUGGUGCAGCAGUUGACAUGUUUGGAGCAGGACUGUCUGUCUCUCAAAACCAUAGAGAAAGAGACUGUGAAUUUCUGGCAGUCGGAGUCUGACACAGUUCGGGCAUUCUGUGAUAGACAGCAAAAGAGGUUGGAUUCUCUCCUCAUCCCGUAUGUGAAUGCUGAAUCACAAUUUAGUUUAUCAGAACUAGAACACAAUUUAGUUUAUCAGAGAAGAGGCGCCAAAAUUACUGAGCCUGCCUCUCCUCAAGAUGCUGCCACUCGAGAUCCCUUAUAG